GCCCAGCACGUGAUUGGGUGGUGACGUCAAAAACCGGUACCUCCACACCAAGUGACCUUCUUUACGCCCGUCAGGGAGACCGUUAAACGGAGGAGAGAAGAAGCGACUACGGACGGCGUGGAUCUAACUCGAAACAUCGUAACUUAAAGUUUGUCCUAUCUCUCAUAUCUGCUGACGAUGGGUGACAUUGCAAAGGGAAAGAAGGCUUUUGUCCAGAAGUGUGCCCAGUGCCACACAGUAGAGCAGAAUGGCAAGCACAAGGUUGGCCCCAACCUCUGGGGUCUGUUCGGUCGCAAGACCGGGCAGGCUGAUGGCUUCUCGUACACAGAUGCCAACAAGAGUAAAGGUAUCGUGUGGGGUGAAGACACCCUGAUGGAGUACCUGGAAAAUCCCAAGAAAUACAUCCCGGGAACCAAAAUGAUCUUUGCUGGCAUCAAGAAGAAGGGAGAGCGCCAGGACCUCAUUGCAUACCUUAAAUCUGCAACAUCGUGAACAAGUCCUAAGAAGACUAUAUAACGUUAUUUUAUUUUUUGUUUAUUUUCAGGCUUGUCCAUGAUAAAUGAGUUUCUAUGUUUAGUCAGUUUGUGGAGACAUCUAAAUGGUUUUAAAUAGUAAAAAAAAGUGGGACUUAUUGUGAGUUCACAGUUAAGCGUCCCUCCACCUGUAUGGUCAGAUGAAUCAGUCUUUCAAGUGGCCAAACAUAAAAACUACAGUCUGUCUUUGUGAAUCUAUAUUUUGGUUUAAAGGAAAAGAAAAAAUAAAUGAAUAACCUUAUCUAUAAUUGCUCGCUGUGAUGUGUCACCUGACCUGUCACUUAUUCUGAUUUCCAUGACAAUGUGUAGUACUUUCUGCUAGCCAAGCCAUCUUCCAUCAAGCUAAUUCUAAAACUGUAAAAUCCAAAGGUUAUCUCAUAUCAGUUGCAUCAUAAUGGUACAGAGGAUAGAUGUAGUUGCUGGUUAAAUGCUGGUUAAAUGGUGCUUAUACUCGAUCUACGCCAAGCGGAGUUUCUGAUCUUUUUACAAAUACUGAUGGAGUGAAUGUUUUCCAUCUUUCUCUUGUCUGUUUUUAAAUGUUGACCAUCAGAAGCCUCCACUUGUCAGUAAUGCUCUGCAGGUUCCUCAGACUUCAUAUUCUUUACCACGAUGUGACUCCUUGCAGCUAAGAAUUGUGGGUUUGAGAUACAGUCGAUAUGAAUGCCUUCAAACUGACCACUACUACGCUGUGAAAUCAGCAGACACACAAUCACCAUGCCUAACAAUGUUGUGUAAUUACCGGUACUGUAUACUUUAAGGAACAAACUACCAAGGGCAUCAUCUGGACUGAAGAAAGAUUGUUGUUAUUUACCUGGUUUCACAGGCCUGAAAGAAUAUGAUUUUAACUUAUUUUAUUGUAAACUGAAUCUGUAAAGUAUUUUUGAUGGAAUUGUCUGUUGUUCCGGUAUACACAGCAAUAUACUGUAUGCACAUGCACAAGUAUGACAAUGUGGUAGAUAUUUUGCGUGGUUGUGGACAGGAUGCUUAAAGGGUCAAUUAAAAGAAAACAUCCAGAAA